CAAGACUUCGUGGUGCACCAGGUCCUGCCCUUCCAGUCGGUGUCAGCCGAGCCCUUCACCUAUGCCAGCGACCUGUACGUGGCCCUGGCACAGCCCGGUGCCAGCAGCUGCACCAUCCUCAAGUGGGACUACGUGGAGCGCAAGCUGCGGGACUUCGACCGCAUCCCCGCUCACUCGGCGGUGCAGUGCAAGCCCAUCGUGGCGCAGAGCCAGCUGUACGUGGUGGUGGCUCAGCUCUUCGGGGGCUCCUUCAUCUACCGCUGGGACACGGCCGUGGAUAAAUUCAUCAAGAUCCAGGACAUCGACAGCCAGAAGACCCGCAAGCCCAACGACAUCGAGGCCUUCCAGAUCGAAGGGGACUGGUAUUUUGUCAUCGCUGACAGCUCCAAGGCUGGUUCCACCAGCCUCUACCGCUUCUACUCCCACCAAGCCCUCCACGCCUGGCACCGCGACACCGACGUGGAGUACGUGGAGAACGACGGCAAACCCCGGCUGAUCAUCUCCAGCAGCUCCCAAGCUCCCGUCGUCUACCAGUGGAACCGAGCUCAGAAGCAAUUCCUCCCCCAAGGGGAGGUGGGGGAGAUGUUGGACGUGCAGAUGGUGAAGCAUUUCAAGGUGAAGAGGGACCAGUUCCUCUGCCUCAGCCGCUACAUCGGCGACUCCAAGGUGGUGCGCUGGGAAGGGCAGCGCUUCGUGGAGCUCCAGACGCUGCCCUCCCGCGGCUCCAUGGUGCUCCAGCCCUUCGUGGUGGAACGAAGGCAGUACCUGGCUUUGGGCAGCGACUUCUCCUUCACCCACGUCUACCUGUGGGAAGAGGAGAAGCAGAAAUUCAGCAAGUUCCAGGAGCUGUCGGUGCAGGCGCCGCGGGCUUUCCGCUACGUGCCCGCUUCCGACGUGCAGCUCCUGCUGGCUCCCAGCUUCAAGGCCAACACGCUG